AUGGAGUCUUCUUAUCGCCGCCGACACCGUACAUGGUGUUGCUCUUUCGCGGUUCCGCCGUCAAGCCCAGAUAACCCACCCUUCAAACCGCGCAGGCCCAAACCCGAGGCCCAAUCUAAGCCCGCUUUCUCUUCCUCCGUACCGAACUCCCCUCAGAGUUCCAAAUCCAGCUCCCGCAUUGUCGCUCGGAUCGACCCUCGCCGGAUCUUAUCCCCGGGAAGAGUCUCUCCCAUUGAAGACGCUCUUCCCGAUCCCUCUCCGGUUCUCGAUUCCGCUCCACGAUCUCGAAGCUUCCGCGCUCCUAUCGCGAACCCCAUUCCGCCGCCUCCGAUGAACUCCGUUGCUGACGUCACUGUCGGCAUCAGCGACGGAUUCGACGUGAGGAUGAGUUUGAGAGGGAAGAACGGUGGUUGUGUUGUUCUGGAACUGAAUUCGGUGAUUCUUUGCGCUAAUUCGGAGGUUUUUGCGGGGUUGAUUGGGGAUUAUAGAAAGGGUAAUUCUUCAAGUGGUAGUAAUAAAAUGUGUAGAAUUGAAGUUCCUGAAGUUGAUAAUUUGGGAGUUUUCAGAGAAACUAUUGAGCUUAUGUUUGAAGAUGAUGUUCCUAAAAGGCUUCUCAAUAUUGGUGUUUAUAGAUCCAUUGAUGUUUUGGAGGUGUCUGCAGGCAUCAUGUUCACCAAGGGUGUUUUGUCGUGUCUACAAUACCUGGAGGCUGUUCCUUGGACGGAAGAGGAAGAAGAGAAAUUAAGAAACCUGUUUACAAGAUUUAAGUUUGAUGAUGAAACUACAAGGGACAUCUUAGGAAGGCUCUACCUGCAUGAUUCAGAAGAUUCAAAACCAAACGUAGCACGUCAACUCGUUUGGUCCAUCACCACUUGUGUCAAUGCCAAUGCAAGAAAUGAAUUGAAAUCACUAGUUAAGGGUCUUCUUUGUAAAAGCUCAGUCUACGAGAAGAAUCAUCUUGACUUAAGCAAAGACGAUCUCUAUUCUGUUUGCCACUCAUGCAUUGGCUCCCUGAUCAGCCUCUUUGAGGAGGCAUUAGGUACCGUCCCUAAUGAAAGAUUGACAAAGAAAGAUACGAGUAAAACAUUGAUUGAACGCAUCUCAACACAGGUUGAUAACAUUAACUGGUUGGUGGAAAUCAUGCUUGAUGGACAAAUAGCAGAGGAUUUUGUGGAUAUAUGGUCUGAUCAGCACCAACUUCUUAAAAUGCAUGAUACCGCAUCCCCUAUGGUUAGAUAUGAACUCAGUAGAGUUUCAGCAAUUCUGUUUGUUGCCAUGGCUACAAGAAAAUUGCAAUGUCGUUUGGAAGCUAGAUCAGGGCUUCUCCAAGCAUGGUUUGCACCUAUGUUGUUAGACUUUGGUUGGUUGCAGAGAUGCAGAAAAGGGCUUGAUAUAAAGGUUUUGCAAGAAGCUAUGGGUCAGACACUUCUUACUUUGCCUCUAAAACAACAACACACUUUGUUCAUGGAAUGGUUUCAUCACUUCUCAAGGCACGGCACUGAAUGUCCUAAUCUAAGCAAAGCAUUCCAAAUUUGGUGGCGUAGAUCAUUUUUAAGAGGCUCUGAAACUCAUGCCAUUGAAUCAAGAUAA